GAUACAUCUAAAUCAGUUCACUUUCGGCAGUCUUCCGACACGUUUGUCGGUAUUCGCAAAUUAUACUCUAAAGACACGCAAUACGAAAUUUAAAGGAAAUGCCUCGAAAUUGGAAAAGGAAAACUGAGAAGGCGGCUUGGACCUUGGAAGACCUACAAAAAGCGGCGCAAUUGGUCGGCGAAGGAUUAGCUAUCAGAAAAGCAGCCAUGCGUUGUGGAAUUCCAUACCAAACAUUGCAGAAACGAUUGGAAAAAGGACAACUGCAAAGUUCAGGAAAACUUGGUAGACACCCCAUCUUUACCCUUCAGCAAGAAACGGAAAUGGCACAACAUUUAGUUACCCUUGCAAAUAUGUUUUAUGGGCUAACUAGGUGGCAAUUUUGUCGCUAGCUUACAGAUGUGCCGAAAAUUUAAGAAUUAAUCACCCCUUUAAUAAACAGAAGCAGUUAGCUGGAAGAGACUGGCUAGAUGGAUUCUUAAGACGGAAUUCCACGAUCAGCAUUCGUAAACCUGAGGCCACGAGUUUAAACCGCAUCAAGGGUUUUAACAAGGACGAGGUAACUCGCUUUUUCGACAAUCUUGACACGAUUUUGUCUAAACAGAAUAACGACGGUUCAAAAACCUGGAACUAUAUUGGCUAGAAAAGGUCAAAAAAGGGUAGGUUCGGCAACUAGUUGGGAGCGUGGCAAAAACAUUACUGUAAUUUGUUGCAUGAGCACUGCCGGAUCGUUUGUGCCCCCAUUUUUUAUAUUUCCCAGAAGACGAUUUUCUUCACUACUUGCUAAGGAUGGGCCUCCAGAUGCGGAAUAUCAGGUUACUUUUAACGGCUGGACUAAAGAGGAAAUGUUCGAAUUGUGGCUUAGGCAUUUUGUAAAAUUUGUUAAGCCCAAUCGUGAUGAACCAGUAUUACCUAUUCUAGAUAAUCAUUCUAGUCAUGCAACGCUUGAAAGUUACAAUUACUGCAAAGAAAAUUUCAUUACGAUACUGUCCCUCCCACCACAUUCAUCACAUCGGAUGCAGCCGUUAGAUGUAACAUUUUAUGGUCCACUAAAGAAGUCCUACUAUAAAGAAUGUGACAAUUACAUGAAGUCAAAUAACCUCACACAAAUCACUCCAUAUGAUGUUGCAAGUCUUUUUAAUAAAGCUUAUUCCAAAGUUGCUUCUUUGAAAAAGGGAAUAUCAGGGUUCAGAUGCACAGGUAUUUUUCCAUCCCAGCCAGAUAUCUUUACUCAUGCUGAUUUUGUCUAUAAUUGUGUGCCACCAGCUUGCGUGGAUACUAAUGAGAAUACAACGAGAUCACCGGCAAGUAGCUCUAAAAUAACAGAAGCAAAAAGCAAAGACAAUGCCCAAAAUCAGAAACGGUCUCCUGUGAUUCAUAAAACACCAACAAAAGAUGAAAGUAGUCGAUCAUGCGAUCCCGUACCAGGUUGUUCGACAUGGCAAGAUGAAUCUGAUCAGUCUAUUAAUACGUCGUCCAUCUCUGAUCUCCUUUCUAUAAUAUCCCCAUUGCCUCAAAAAGACGAUAAUAAAAGCAAGAACUUAAGACAAACACGAAAACAGCAUUCCGAAAUUUUUACCCAGACACCUAUGAAGAUAUUUUUUGAAGAAAAAAAGCGAAAGAAACAAGAACGUGAUGAAAAAAAAACAUGUAAAGGCAUGAAAACAGAAAACAUAAACAAAACUAAAAAGAACAGCAAAAUAGAAAAUGCUAAACGACAAGUAGGAGCAGACGAAUUGUGGUCAUCAGAAGAUGAAGAACCUUUGAAGAAAACAGUUAUUAGCAAAUAUGUGUCCAAAACGGAGUCAAAACCAGUUAAUAAAUAUAUUAAAUAUGCAAAAGGAAAAGUUGUUUACAAAAAAGGCAGGAACAAAUGACAAGUUGCUGAAGAAUCGUCAUAUUCAGAAGACGAAGAGAUAUGUGAAAAAGAUAUUUAUGACCACGACGAGUGCGAUGAUCUUAGCGACAGCGCUGCUCAUGUUAGAUGCAUUAUUUGUGAUGACGUUGGAAAAAAUAAUGAACUGUGGUACCGUUGUACGAAUUGUGGCAGUUGGGCACACUCUGAAUGUUCAGGCGUAGAAGAUGCA